UUUGUUGUUGUGUGUCUCUAAACAUGUGGAGUUUUAUUCUUUGCCUCCUAAACAAAGGAAAAUGUUGAUUUUGUUCUGUUUUUUUAAUGAUCUAAGAGCGUGAUUUUGGGGAUAAGUGUGUGCGUGUGUUGGGAAAGUUGCCGUGUGGUGCACAAGUUGAGUUUUUUUCUCUUAUCAAACCCAGAGAUUAUAGCUUCUUUCUCUGUUGUGAUAUAGCUCUGGUUCAUUUCAGUUAAAGGGUAUUUGAGUUGGUUGUUGGUGUGCUUCCAUGUGUGUAAUGCAUAGAAGGGCACUCCCUAUUUGCUGAGUCUGAGUGUUGUUGCUACUUGCUUGAUAGUUCCACAUCUUCUUGAGUGAAAAAUUAAAAAUGGGAUCUGGAAAUGAGGUUCACUCGGUUGAGGAGUUCAAUUUAGAAGCUGAGUGGCUUAUAGAUCCUAGACAACUAUUUGUUGGGCCAAAAGUUGGGGAAGGUGCUCAUGCCAAAGUCUAUGAAGGAAAAUAUAAAAAUCAGAAUGUUGCUGUUAAGAUUAUCAACAAAGGAGAAACCCCAGAAGAGAUUUCAAGGAGAGAGGCUCGGUUUGCCCGAGAGGUUGCUAUGUUGUCGAGAGUCCAACAUAAAAAUCUGGUUAAGUUUAUUGGCGCCUGCAAAGAACCUGUUAUGGUUAUAGUGACUGAACUUCUAUUAGGUGGAACGUUGCGCAAAUAUCUCUUGAGCAUGCGGCCAAAGUGCUUGGAUAUGGAUGUUGCUGUUGGAUUUGCUCUUGAUAUUGCCCGAGCAAUGGAAUGCUUACACUCCCACGGGAUCAUUCACCGUGACCUUAAACCUGAUAACUUAAUUUUGACAGCAGAUCAUAAGACAGUUAAACUUGCUGAUUUUGGUCUUGCCAGAGAAGAGUCCUUAACAGAGAUGAUGACUGCUGAAACGGGAACAUAUCGUUGGAUGGCUCCAGAACUUUACAGCACUGUUACACUAAGACAAGGUGAGAAGAAGCAUUACAACCAUAAGGUGGAUGCCUACAGCUUUGCAAUUGUGUUGUGGGAGCUCAUCCAUAAUAAGUUGCCCUUUGAAGGCAUGUCUAAUCUACAGGCAGCAUAUGCAGCUGCUUUUAAGAAUACAAGGCCCAGUGCUGAAAACCUUCCUGAGGAUUUAGCUCUUAUUGUAACUUCAUGUUGGAAAGAGGAUCCAAAUGAUCGACCCAAUUUUAGUCAAAUCAUACAAAUGCUCCUUCGAUAUCUCUCUACAAUUUCACCACCAGAGCCAGUUGUUCCUCUGCGGAUGGCUUCAUCUGAGAAUGCUGUAUUGCCACCAGAGUCUCCUGGUACAAGUGCAUUAAUGGCUAGAAGAGAUGACUCUGGAGAAACCCCAAAAGCCAAUAUGGAAGACAGGCCUAAAGGACUUUUCUUCUGCUUUAAACAGUGUUACUGAUGCCUCAAAACAUAUUAAAUAUGGUCUUUGGGACUGUCCCAGAUCACAGUUAGGAAAACUGAAUAAAACAAGAUUCACCAAUUGUAACAACUAGAAUCUUAAUAAGAAUAUGUUAACUAUUAUCAGAUAAGUUAGUUUAAUAGCAAUUACCAAUUCAGAAGGCACCUCGUUCUCAGCAAGAAUGGCAUGCUAUUUUAACAUUUUUUUGACUCACUUCUGACUGUUAUCUAAGGACAUCCAGAAAAUUUUGGGGUUAAGGUUGCUGAGAUGUAUUAUCAUUAACAUUGUAAGAUAAGGUUCAUCCAAAGGCCUUCACCCCUUCUUUAUAUAUGUGGCGUGGAUAAUAAAUGGGUAA